AUGGCGUCUAAGAUCUUGCAAGCACCGCCAAAAUCUGGCAAAUAUAGCUGGAUCGCGGAUUUUCGGUACUAUGCAAAGCACUUCCAUGUCUUGAAUGCUAUCAUCUUGCUUGGGGCAAUUCCAACUUAUUUUACAUCAGUUUUGUAUGUACCUCUACGAUGGGAGACCUUCUUGUUGACAGGAGUCUUCUACCUCGCUGGAGGCAUGGGAAUCACAGCUGGAUACCAUCGACUCUGGUCGCAUCGCUCCUAUAAAGCAAGCAAACCUCUGCGAUAUUUUCUUGCAAUAAUGGGUGCUGGUCAGUGGCAGUGGUCAAUUCUGUGGUGGGCUCGUCACCAUCGCUCACAUCACCGAUACACCGAUACCGAGAAGGACCCAUACAACCCUACCCGCGGCUUCUUCUUCUCACACGUUGGCUGGCUAGUUGGAUACAACCCUAAAUCGUGGGGGAAGGUCGACUUAUCUGAUCUACUAGCCGAUGAGGUAGUAGUAUGGCAGCACAAAUGGGGUAUGCUCGUUGGAACUUUAACUGCCAUCGUACUGCCUGUGCUCAUCGCGCAUUUCGGAUGGAAUGACGCUCAAGGAGCCUUAGUCCACACUGUACUUGGCCGACUAAUGUGGAUUUGGCACCUUGGCUUCUUUGUCAAUUCUAUUGCCCAUUUGCCCGCUUUCGGUUCUCAGCCUUACUCUAACAAACAUAGUGCACGUAACGUACUGCUGUUUGCAUGGGUUUUGGCAGGAGAAGCAAGUCACAACUUCCACCACACCUUCCCGGCUGAUUACCGAAAUGGACUGCAUUGGUAUGAAGGCGACCUGUCACGGUGGUUUAUCCGAACAUGCGAGAGACUCGGACUUGCGUGGGAUCUUCAUGUUACUAGUCCCACGGAAAUCGAGCGUGCAAAGCAGCGUCAGCUUAAUAUUGCUGAGGGAAUUGAGCACGGUCCUGAGAUUAAUCAGCUGCCACAGAUGGAAUGGCAGGAUUAUGUUGACCAGACGUCUGCUGGUCGUUGUCUUGUUGCUGUGCAUGGAAUCGUCCACGACGUUACUGAUUUCAUGGCUGAUCAUCCUGGUGGGCCUGAGCUGGUGCAGGGGUAUAUUGGGAAAGAUGCCACUAAGGCAUUUUAUGACGAGGAAACCCAUGUUCAUUCGCCUUAUGCUGAAACUUUGAUGGGGAAUAUGCGAGUUGCUGUUACUCGUCGACAGGAAGGACUUGAGGAAAGGAAGAAAGAGGAGUAG